AUGGCGUCGCUGACUUCCAUUAAAGAUCGCUUAUUUUCUAAUGUACAACAUGGCCUAAGUGACGGACUUAAAUCCGUUGGCAAGCUUAUUUCAAGCUCGACGACUAAAUCCUUUCUCGGUUCCGACAAUGUAGACAGUUCCGAAUCUACUGAACUAGGUUUGCAUGCUGGUGCUGAAACCUUAGAUAGAUAUCAACGAAAUUGGGCCGAUAUUCAUAAAGCUACCAAUGCUUGCAGUGAAAAUGCAACGGCUGCAGACAGUGAAAUUAUGAAAUUAAAGGGGCAAAUUGAUGAUUUCUAUAAUUCCUAUAAAGUCUUACAUAUGGAAUUGGCUGGGUUAUCGUCAACUAUAGCGUCAGUGGAAGCCUCACGUAAAAGUACAGAGGAGAUGGCUGAUAAAGUCAUCGAAAUCGAACAAAUGUUAGAAGAAUUAGAAUUUGUCAACAAGAGAAUUGAUUUUGAAAAUCUCAAACAAAGGCAUCGUAAUCAAUUUGAAAAAUACAAGGAAUCUAAAGAACUUGAAUAUAUCAGAUUGCAAAAAUCAUUAGAACACCAAAGAGCGCAUAAAGAGGAAUUACAGGAAGGGCAAGAACGUAAAAAACUUUUAGAUAGACAAAAAACAUUUGAGGAAGAAUUUAAAAGGGAACUUAACUUAUUUAAGACCAAAGGACAUCUUGAAAGACCUUUAAGUCAAACAUCGUCAACUAGCUCAUCAAAACUUGAAGAUAUAGUUGUCGACAGUGAUGAAAACACCCAAAUGUUACUUGAUGAAUUUUUAGGACUAGAAGACAAGAUUGAUGACAAUGAGGUGAAUGAAAGGAGUUUAUGUGAUAAUGCAGAAGAAACUAAUAGCGAUCUAGACAACCCUCAACAUAAUCUAGCGGAAACCGAAGAAAUUAUCAACGAUAAGCAAAGCUCAGACGAAGGCAGCCAAGCAAAGGAGUAAUAUUGCAUGCUACUGUACUGUCAAGAAAAGUAAUCACUUAUUAGUACGCGAAUUUAUGGUGGCUAAAAUUGCCUUCCCUUCUUUAGCAAUCAUCGUUCUAUCCAAGCCAGUAUAGAAAUUGUUUUACACUUUUAACCUGAUAGUUAUUUAUUGAGCUACUAUUAGAAAAGCAGUGUUGUAAGUAAAUACAUUUGUAAUUUUUAUUAAUGAUGACUUCAUAGAUUAUCUGUAAAGAUUAUGAACAUAACUCAGAAUCUGAAAUAAAAGUGCUUAAUGCAUAUUAUAUUC